AUGGAUAAUGAAGCUAACAAACAACCAAAGGUCUUCCAUGCCUACACGUACUCAACUGCCGGAUGGCUAGCCGUCCAGAGCCUCCCUCUGAUCGCCGGUCCAAGCAUCAUUGUGACCAUGCUAUUAAAUGAAACCCGACCUGCUUCUCGUGAGUUGCGCCAGCAUCUAGACAACACUACCUAUGGCACAGACCAUUCUAACCAGACCCCCACAGCGAUGGAGCUUUACUUUGCACGGUGUCUCGGAUUCAGUCUUCUGACCAUCGCCGUUCUAACCGUGAUGCUGACGGGCUCAAUUCCUCUGACUGCCGACAUCAAGGAGUCCGUUUCAACAGACAACAAUGACCCCAAAGCACCAUAUGCCGUUCCCACUCUGAUGGUCACAUCGGUCUUCCACAGUGCCUGCGCAUUCUACGCAUACACCUGGUACGUCUCUGGCGGACAAGGUCUUUUCGCCAUUGGGGUCGCCGGAUAUUCAGGUCUUGCUGCUAUUGGACUCUGGUGCAUGCUCUUUGCUAGCAGCAACGGGAAGAUUAGUCGCCGGACUGGAGCGGAUAAAAGAACGACUGGGUUCCCUUUCAAGAACUCGGAAGCAGCGAAGAAGCAUGCAGGCAAGGGAUUGUAA